UGUGUGUGAGAACGGGAGCGUAACCUGUGGGAGGCGGGGUGAGGGGGAUGGGACGUUGAACGAUUAGACCAAAAAGGAAUACGACUCGAUACAGUGGCAAUUUUAUUCAUCACAAACCACCAAUUUACUAUCACGUUUACGUAUUGACAAUUUUAUUCCAGCGUUGUGCCAGGUAAAUACCAGCAGGGAUGACGAUGCCGCACAUAGGGGCAAUAUUUGGAGCAAUAGCAGGAGUGAUGGCCAUCAUGUUGCACUCCUCCAUUCACAAGAUCGAAGAAGGACACCUUGCUGUCUACUACAGGGGUGGGGCACUGCUGACUUAUCCCAAUGGUCCUGGAUACCACAUUAUGCUGCCUUUCAUUACCACAUUCAGAUCAGUGCAGACAACUCUCCAAACUGAUGAGAUUAAAAAUGUGCCUUGUGGCACAAGUGGUGGUGUGAUGAUCUAUUUUGACCGAAUAGAAGUUGUGAACAUGCUGGUCCCUUUAGCAGUGGUGGACAUUGUGAGGAACUACACAGCUGACUAUGACAAAACUCUAAUAUUUAACAAGAUUCACCAUGAACUCAAUCAGUUCUGCAGUGUACACACACUGCAGGAGGUCUACAUUGACUUAUUUGAUAUUAUAGAUGAGAACCUGAAGUUGGCGUUGCAGAAAGAUCUUACUGUUAUGGCACCUGGACUUACAAUACAGGCAGUGCGUGUUACCAAGCCAAAGAUCCCAGAGUCGAUCAGGAGGAACUUUGAACUGAUGGAGGCAGAGAAGACUCGUCUGUUAGUAACAGCUCAGACUCAGAGGGUGGUGGAAAAGGAAGCAGAGACUGAAAGAAAGAGGGCCAUCAUUGAGGCUCAGAAAGUGGCCCAGGUAGCUGAGAUCCAUUUCCAACAGAAGGUGAUGGAGAAAGAGACUGAGAGGAAGAUUUCCGCAAUAGAGGAUUUUGCCUUCUUGGCGAGGGAGAAGGCUCGAGCUGAUGCAGAGUAUUACAGCGCUGAAAAGUUUGCCGACGCCAACAGGGUGAAGUUAACCCCAGAGUACCUGGAGCUGAUGAAGUACCAGGCCAUAGCAUCUAACAGUAAGAUCUACUUUGGCCAGGACAUCCCCAACAUGUUUGUAGAGGGAACCAACGGCCCCCCUAAGCCGGCGCGCUCCCUUCAUCCACCCAAUGCUCAAGCAGACUUGCUAAAGACGAAGCCGGAGGGGCAAUGAGUCCACAGCUGUUCCUCUGCAGAAGACAGGAGAACCUGAGGAAGACUUGUGUUUUGCUGAGGUGGGGCGCACUGAACUGAAGGCGGGGGCGGGGGUAGCUUUUAGCUAGUUUGGUGAGCAACGCACUUCAGUCUUAAAUUUAGAUGGCAAAGAAAACCUGUAAACAUGUAAGCAGAUGUGAAAACCAGGGGGGGGAGAUAAAGGGAUUUAUUUUUUGUUUGUUUUACCUUCCACUCUUUUGGGGGAAGUGAAAUUUUAGGAAUAUGAGUGAUGCCAUAGUUAAAAAUCCAAAGCAUAAUAAAUGCUUCUGCUUGGAAAGGCUACAGCACGUAGUCGACCUAAUGUACACGUGCUUGCAAUUCACUUUGUUGUUUGCAAGACAAGUGAUUUUUGGUCAAAGGCUUUUUGUGAAUUAAUUUCUAGUUGAAAACAGGCUAACAGGUGACGCUAAUUAAUUAAAUGCGGGUUUGUGAAUGUGUGUAUUGUGGGUACGCCAUCUCUGUGCCAUCUUCUAUUACACUAAAUCACUAGUUGGCUCUUCUCUCUCAACACCAAUGAAUGCGAGGACUGGAUCAUCACACCUCAUAUCUAAUGCUGCUUGUGGAUGAACUUAAAAUAGUUGUGAGCAUUAUACAUUUGUCAUUAACAGGACUUUUAGUUGGCUGAAAUCUUACAGAAAUGAAAACUGAUCUUAGUUUUAUUUUAAAACAAUAGCGUUCUGGAAACAAGUGGCCUGGCUUUGUUCAAUUUUCCGAGUGGGGUAAAAGCCGACAGAUGCUCAAGUCUUUGAGGUGGAAGGGCUGUCAUUGUGUGCUUGUAGUAUAUAUAGUGGUGUCAGAUUGGUAGUAAUGCAGUCUGUUUUCUGUUCGCUUGGUGGUAGUUUUGGGUUUCUGUUGAGAACGCAGUCCCGUCAUGCAGACGAGAGGUGAUGCACUACGACCUGCUGUGAGGAUAAAAGGGGUUUCAGUGGCGUCAGUCAGAUGCUAAUUUAGAUUAAAGAAUCGUUAAAAGGAAACACAAUGAAAGCGUGGUCUGAUAGUGCCACAGGAGGAAGCCGUGAUUUGUAUUUCUCACACAGAGGGUACCCAUCUCCUGUUGAUUAUGCAUGUGGAAAUGUGUAGUGGCCUGAUUCAAAUGAUUAGCGGUGUCUGCGAACUCUGCCAGACAGCUUAUUCAGAGGACAAAGGAAUGUCCAUUUUAAGUAAAUUCAAAUUUAUGUCAACAGAAAGCUGCUCAAUGUAGGACAGACUUUACUUCAUUAAAAAUCUAAAUUGGGCAGGAUGAAAAGUUGAAAACUCCCAAAUGAUGAAUGAUUCUUUUUUGCGACAAUUCAACUUUGUUUUCUGCAAAUAUUUGGCAUGAGCAUCAGAGGCAUUUAAUAAUAGGAGCAUGUCUGCCUAUCAAUGUGUAUAUAUUAUAAACUAAAUCUCCUUUCUAUGAUCAAUGUUUACAUUUUUCUGUGAUGCGAGAAUUGAUGGGCUGCAACGUUUUUCAGUCUCUGCUAAACAAGAUCAUUUUAAUGGAAACACACGGCUCCUAAUUACAGUGUUAAGUUACUCAUGUGAGAAUUUGUUUCACCUCCAUCAUUUUUGUUGAGACAACAGGAUUCGCUCUGUUAAAGGAUGAAAGUUCCAAGAUCUUGGGCUUUAAUAAGAUGCAAGUUGGUGCUAGUUUUUAUUCUAUAUUGUGAUGCUUUUGGAUUUUGUUCAGCUCCAUGAUAGUACUUCCACUUUUCAGAAUGCAAGCCUUAAAUAAUAAGGGGUUAACCCAAACUUAGAUUCAGUGAUUCCUAGCUAAAAAGCUCCAUUCGAACUUAACUGUGAGACUUGUUGAGAGCUUGGGUGUAUAAUCCGAACUGUGCAUCACACACACUUAAGCUGAGAAAGACUGAACCAGCAGAGGGAACCUCUGGUGUUUGGAAGCUGCUGUGAUGUUCACUUGACCUUUUGAAUGGCGGCUAACGGCUGCAUUCUGCAUUUGCUUUGGUGGUGGGUUCAAAUAAAGAUGCAAAAGAGGAGUAUGAAUCAAUGUUUUUUUUUUGUCAAUAUUUUGUACAAUCUGUGAAACUCAAACAUCGAAGAGGUUUAUAUGCAAAUGUUUUCAAGUUUUGACAAUGUUCUUAUGUAAAAUAAAACCUAUUUUGGUACCUCU